GAGCUAGUGUGUGAGCCUCAGCUGCACGCACUCCAUGGAGAUGGAAGGCAAGAGGAGUGUGAUCCUCCUCCUGGUCCUGGGUGCGGUCCUCGUGCUAGGGACCUUGCUGCCACAGGCCCAAGCAGAGGCGGCCGCUGACCCUGGCGACGACGACGACGACGAUCACCGGAAGGUGUGCUGCCACGACAAGGAAGCGAGCUAUUGCUUCUCCUUCUGCACCCACGGCAGCUCCACCCCCAAGCUCAGCACAUGGUGCGCGGACAACUGCUGCUGUGUGCUCACCAUGGACUCAACAUGUCCGCCUCGCUGCACAAGCUCCAGCCUCACGUUCACCAACCAUGCUGCAGUGCCCUCCGGCUUGCUGCCACCGGCCCAAGCAGAGGCCGCCGCCACUGGUGGUGACAGAAAGAAGAUCUGCUGCCACGACGAGGACGAGAGCCUUUGCCUCUCCGGUUGCCUCGAACAGCACGGCUCCGGUGACGCCGCCAGAACGUCGUGCGCGCGGGACUGCUGCUGCGUGUUUACAUGGAGCGCAACAUGCCCGCGCCGUUGCAAAAGCUCCAACCUUCUUCUCACCAACACAGUUAUAGUGGACGGCAGCGAAGAGACGAGAGGCGGUGCCGCUUAAUCAACCAAGCGUGCACGCACACGUACGCUGCGACUACUGCAGGUGGAAGCAGCCUAGACCUGAUGUGUGUUUGUGUGUGUGUGUUGCUCCUUGUGUUCAGUAUAUAUAAUUGGAUUCCAUCGUACGUAUGAUGGUACGUACCCAAGAGAGUGUGACGACGUCCAAUAAAUACGUGUUCAUCAUGUAAUAGGCACAUAUGAUGCCAUGCUCGUUCCGCAUGUAUGCGGCCGCACGUUUGUUUUAAGAUUUUUGCAGUACUCC